AUGGCUGCAGUAUCAAAUACCCUGAGGAAGGCAUCAGUUCUGGCCAGAGGUCUCGCUACCGCUGCAAGGACUUAUGAUGACACUUACUCAAAUCUCGCUAUUGGAAAACAUACCAGAGUCCUCGUACAGGGCUUUACUGGAAAACAGGGCACAUUUCAUGCCAAACAAGCUAUCGACUAUGGCACAAAUGUCGUCGGUGGUACUUCUCCAAACAAGGCUGGAACCACACAUUUGGGGGCUCCGGUAUUCGCUACUGUAAAAGAGGCAAUGGACAAGGUCAAACCAACAGCCUCAGUCAUUUACGUCCCACCACCAGGUGCUGCCAAAGCAAUCCAAGAAGCAGUAGAAGCCGAAGUCCCCCUCGUCGUAUGCAUCACUGAGGGUAUCCCACAACAAGACAUGGUCCGUGUAAACAAGAUAUUAAAGGCUCAAUCUAAAACUCGUCUGAUUGGCCCCAACUGUCCUGGUAUCAUCAAACCUGGUGAAUGCAAGAUUGGAAUCAUGCCUGGGCAUAUUCAUAUGCCUGGAAAUAUCGGCAUCGUGUCAAGAUCUGGUACCUUGACAUACGAAGCCGUCGGCCAAACAACCAACGUCGGGCUAGGCCAAAGCCUCUGUAUCGGUAUCGGAGGCGAUCCCUUCAACGGAACCAACUUUGUAGACUGUCUCCGUGUCUUCCUCGCAGACCCACACACUGAAGGUAUCAUCCUCAUUGGAGAAAUCGGCGGCAGCGCUGAAGAAGAAGCUGCAGACUACUUGAAACAUCACAAUAUGACACUCAAGAACCCUAAACCCGUUGUAUCCUUCAUUGCGGGACGAACUGCACCACCUGGAAGACGGAUGGGACAUGCGGGGGCUAUUGUUAGUGGGGGUAAAGGAAGAGCUGAAGAUAAGGUUGCUGCGUUAGAGGCUGUUGGUGUUAUUGUUUGUCCAAGUCCUGCUCAGUUGGGUGUUGCCAUGAAACAGGAAAUGAUCAAACGCGGUCUGAUAAAAUCAAAGUAA